AUGGCGGCCACGCUCUCCUCCGUGUCGGCCUCAUCCAAGCACUGCUCCGUCGUCAGGGCUCAGCACUCGUCACUUCCUUCCAUCCUCUCAACAUCACCAGCCAAGAAAACUGCCUUCCGUGGGGUUUCCUUGGUGGACAGCAGAUGGUUGCGCAGGGGCGGCGCGCGGCGAAGGCUGGUGCAGGUGAAUGCCAAGACCGCCGGCGCGGCCAAGAACAUCGAGGUGGAGGUCGACAAGCCGCUCGGCCUCACCCUUGGCCAGAAGUCCGGCGGCGGCGUCGUCAUCACCGGUGUGGAGUCCGGAGGGAAUGCAGCAAGAGCAGGGCUCAAGUCAGGCGACCAAGUGCUCUACACAAGCAGCUUCUUCGGUGAUGAAUUGUGGCCGGCAGACAAGCUGGGAUUCACCAAGACAGCCAUCCAAGCAAAGCCAGACUCUGUAUACUUUGUAGUAAGCAGAGGUGGUGGUGAUAUUGAUGUGAAGCGCCUGCCCAAGAGGCCGGCGCCCCCUCGGUUUGGCCGGAAGUUAUCUGAUUCACAGAAGGCUAGAGCAACACACAUCUGCCUUGAUUGUGGAUACAUAUACUUUCUACCCAAGGCUUUUGAAGAACAGCCUGAUGAAUAUGGCUGUCCCCAGUGCAAUGCGCCAAAGAAGCGAUUCGCGAGAUACGACGUAGAGUCUGGGAAGCCCAUUGGCGGUGCACUGCCACCUCUUACGGUGAUAGUCAGUUUGGUUAUCGGCAUCGCUGGCAUAGGGGCUUUACUUGUAUAUGGCCUUCAAUAG